CCGCUGUUCUCCCCCUGUCGCGUAAACCUUUUGGUCCACUAUGAAAACUCUGCCUCUUUUCCAGGUCCUCUGCCUCGGCCUGCUGGCGUUGGCGCGGCCUGCCGUCCUGGACUCCAGCGAGGAGGACGACGACCCGUUCCAGUUCGCGUACGCCGUGGCAGCGCCCUCUCACGGCACCUACCUCGGCCACCAGGAGACGCGCGACGACCAGGGCCACGUCACGGGCUCCUACUACCUCCUGGGCGCCGACGGGCUGUGGCGCCAGACCGUCUACGCCGACCACGGCUUCGGCUUCCAGGCGCAGUAUGACCAGAGCCCCCUCGACGAGCCGCCGCCGCAGGUCUCCGGAUCCUCCUUCUCGAUCUUCAUUCCGCCAGGUUCCUCCGCCGCCGGCGCGAGGGACACCCAGGCACUCAUCGGCCAGGCGGUCGCGCUGGCUCCCGCCGAAGAGGACCAGGCGCCCGCACCUCUGGCUGCGCCUGCACCGGCUCCUGCCCCAGCACCGGCUCCUGCUGCUUUUGACGUUCGUAUCUCGGCCUCUGCUCCAGGCCCCGCCCCAGCCCUCGCCCCUGCCCCUGCCCCCGCUCCUGCCCCCGCCCCUGCUCCGGGUAGCUUUGCGAGAACUUCCUUGUUCGCUCCUGGUCAAGCACCUGGUUUCAUUGCUGCCUCUGCUCCCGCCUCUGCCCAGGCCUCUGUUUUCACAGCUACCCCUGCACCUUUUCUUUCCCAAGCUGCCCCUGCUCCCGCCCCUGCCCAAGCAGCUUUCUCUGCUGCCCCUGCUCCCGCCCCUGCCCAAGCAGCUUUCUCUGCUGCCCCUGCUCCCGCCCCUGCUCAAGCAACCUUCAUUGCUGCCCCUGCUCCCGCCCCUGCUCAAGCAACUUUCACUGCUGCCCCUGCUCCCGCCCCUGCUCAAGCAACUUUCACUGCUGCCCCUGCCCCCGCCCCUGCCCAAGCAACCUUCAUUGCUGCCCCUGCUCCCGCCCCUGCCCAGGCCUCUGUUUUCACAGCUACCCCUGCUCCUGUUCCUGCUCAAGCAGCUUUCUCUGCUGCCCCUCCUCCAGUCCCUGCCCUAGCUCCUGUUCCAUUCCAAGUUCCCGCCCUAGCCGCUGCCCCUGCCCCUGCCCCUGCCCCUGCCCAGGUGUUCUCCGUGGACCUCCCCCGGCGCGCCGAGAGCCGCCAGCCAGGGCGAGCCGCCUCUUUCAUCAGCGCCCACACGUUCCCCAUCACCAGGUUCGGAGGGGGCGCUGGGGGGCGUCGCUUCCAGAUAGGGGGCGCGGCCGUCCCAACUCCCUUCGGCACCAGGCUCAACUCCUUCAGGAAUUAGAGGCACUUGCUGGGUCGUUCUAGGUCGUUCGAAGUCGAUUUACCUCGUUCCAAGUCGUCCCAAGACGUUUCAGGCCGUACUGCACAGUCCUAAGAAGUCGUGCAUGGUCGUAAGGUGGUCUAGAUGGUAUAAGAUCGCGUUCUAGGUCGUAUCAUGUCGUCCUUUGUCCUUCUCGAGGGCGGAGAGACGUUCAGCAUCGCAUCGGGUCGUCCUGAUGUCUUAAGAAUAGGCAUCACUCGCCACUAACAGUCUCGAUAGUGAGUGUCAUUACUGUUAAUGGAAAUUUAGAUCACGUGCCUUAUCUCUUGUUACAUAUAUAUUUUUUAGUCUCUUA